GUUCCUCAUAGUGAUGACUGCCUUGCAAACAGCAGAAGCUGUGAUUGCGCACCCUCAGGACGGCACUUCGGCACCAGACUUUCAUGCGCAAACACGAAUGAUGAGAGCAGAGAUCAGACAUGAUGGCCUGGAGAGCAAAGAGGCUUCGCCAAUGUCCAGUUUCUUUGGGUUUGGUCUUGAUGAGGCGAUCGACGUUGACUGCCACUGGGACGAUUGGUCGGACUGGAGCGCUUGCCAAUUUACCUGCGGAGAAGGCAUUUCAAUGAGAUACAGGAAGGUGCUCCGCAUGGCGGAAGGUGCAGGAAAAGCAUGCGACAGUAGCAACAGGGAAGAGCGGGAUUGCACAAUGUCUGCUUGUCCGAUCGAUUGCGUUUACAACGAUUGGGCAGACUGGACGGACUGCUCCGCAACUUGUGGCAGUUCCACACGCUAUCAGCGACGCACCUCACAGGCCGCCCAGUUCGGAGGCGCGGAGUGCAGUGGAUCUGAUGAAAGAUCUGAGGUUUGUCACCAAGCGGUUUGUCCCAUUGACUGUGAACUUUCUGAUUGGCAUGACUGGGGUGGCUGCUCCAAAACCUGCGGUGGUGCGAAGGAGGUGCGAGAACGCGUGAUCAUGACUCCUGCCAGUGGAGGUGGAAAAGCUUGCGAGGGAGAGCUCAACAACAGCAGAGAUUGUGGAAGCAAAAGUUGCCCAGAAGACUGCUUCGUGUCAGACUGGGGUGCUUGGGACCUCUGUAGCGUGUCAUGCGGCACUGGCACCACUUCUAGGACGCGCACCAUCACCAAAGCUCAGGCUUUUGGUGGCGCUGCCUGUCCGAAUCUCACAGAGACACACUCCUGCAGCCCGGGUGAUGUUUGUCCAAUUGACUGCGUUUGGAGCGACUGGGCCGACUGGCAAAGUUGCGCUGCAAGCUGUGGAGAAACUACACAGAGGCGGAUCAGAACUCAGAAAGUCAAAUCAAACGCGCUGGGAACCAACUGCACUGGCGAAGCAGUGGAGGAAUUGCCUUGUAGUUUAUCUGCUUGCCCUGGGGAUUGCGGAGUGUCAGACUGGGGUGCAUGGGACCUUUGCAGUGUCUCCUGUGGAACUGGUACAACCUCCAGGAAGCGCAACAUCACCCAGAAUGUAGCAAAUGGGGGUGCUCAAUGUCCUGAUCUCACAGAGACACAUGCCUGCAGCCCUGGCAGUGUCUGUCCAAUCGACUGUGUGUGGAGUGAUUGGGCAGACUGGCAAAGCUGCGCUGCAAGCUGUGGAGAAACUACAAAGAAGAGAGUCAGAACUCAAACGGUCAAGGCCAAUGAGCUCGGAACCUGCACUGGCGACGCUGAAGAGACAGCUGACUGUGGUUUGGCCGCCUGCGCCAUCGACUGCUCCUUGAAAGAGUGGGCAGAGUGGAGUGCAUGCAGUGUAUCCUGCGGACCAGGUAUUUCUGAAAGAACUCGCUCCGUGGCCGUUGCAGCUGCUCAUGGUGGGAAGGAGUGCAGUCCCGAGGAGAUGCUCUAUGAGAAGAAGUACUGCAGCUAUCCAACGUGUCCAGUUGAUUGCGAAAUGACAGAUUGGACUGACUGGGCACUCUGUUCAGUGACUUGUGGUGGGAAGAGUGAUCGCAGCCGUAUGGUCAAAACAGUGGCCCUUUACGGCGGCAAGGAGUGUACUGGUGCAUCUUCCGAAGAGCGCGACUGUGAACAUGCUGAAUGUCCCGUGGAUUGUUCGUAUGGCGACUGGACGGGCUGGCAGAGCUGCAGUACCAGCUGUGGCUUAGGCUCUCAAAAGAGAGAGCGAGUGGUGCGGCUUGAGCCGAGCCAUGGAGGUGCACCUUGCACAGGCGACUUAAAACAGAUGCAGCCCUGUACAGAGAAGCCCUGUCCGGUGGAUUGCACUUUUCAGGAUUGGGGAGACUGGGAGCCAUGCACUUCCUCUUGCGGAUCUGGCGUGCACAAGCGAUUCCGCGAGAAGAUUGACGCGCUGUACGGUGGUGCUGAUUGCAAUGGAACACUCACAGAAACGACUCCAUGCCCAACGUUGCCAGAGUGCCCUGUGGAUUGCCUUUGGGAGGACUGGACUAAAUGGAGCGAUUGCUCAGUCAGCUGUGGCAUUGGUGCAACGACCAGGCUCCGCAAGCGUGCUCAUUAUGAGGCCUUUGGUGGCCAUGUUUGCUAUGGAACUGAGGACGACGUGGCUGUGUGUGAGCUCAGUCCGUGUCCUUUGGACUGCUUCCUGGAGGAUUGGGCCCCAUGGUCUGAUUGCUCGACAAGCUGCGGGAAUGGCACUCAUGUCCGCAGUCGCUCCCUCACCUUUGCGGCAUAUGGCGGCAAGGAGUGUGCAGAUCCGCAGAUGCAAGACAACAAGCCUUGCGAUGUAGCGCCCUGCCCCGUGCACUGCGAGUUGGGCGACUGGUCACGAUGGACUACUUGUUCCAAGUCAUGCGGAGGUGGCUUGUCAAGCAGAGAAAGGACAGAGAAGAUCGCAGCUAUGUAUGGAGGAGACUUCUGUUCUGAUGUGACCUCAAUGGAUCAGGCCUGCAAUGCUCAGCCGUGUCCAGUCGAUUGCCAAUGGGGUCAGUGGACUGACUUUGACGCUUGCACCACCACCUGUGGUGGAGGUAAAGCCAAAAGAAGUCGAGUCCUCUGGGUUGCACCAGCACAUGGUGGUUUGGAAUGCGAAGGAUCAACAGAGGAUGAGGAAGUUUGCAACGAUCAUCUCUGCCCAGUCGAUUGUCGUUUGGGUGACUGGAGCGGUUUCACAAGCUGUAGCGAGACCUGUGGUGGUGGAGCAGCGACGAGAAGCCGAUCCAUUGUGACCCAGCAGGCCAACGGAGGACUUCCCUGCGUGGGUGCAACGAAUGAGGAGAUUCGUUGCAACACGCAAACCUGUCCAGUGGAUUGCCAGUUGGACGAAUGGAGCCCUUGGACUGGCUGCACAGUGACUUGCGGGGGUGGCACCAUGACGAGACAGCGCACUGUUCUGGAGCCAAGCCGUGAUGGUGGUGCUGCAUGUACGGGUGAGUCGUUCCAGGAAGCGGCUUGUAGCCAAGUGCAGUGUCCCGUGGACUGUGUGGUGACGGAUUGGUCUCCCUGGUCGGGGUGUUCCACCACCUGUGGUGGUGGCGUCAAUCUCAGGUUCAGGAUCGCCCAAGUUGAAUCUGCAUUUGGUGGAGUUCCAUGCCCUAGCAGCCUCACAGAAACUUUGGAAUGCUCUGACGCACCGUGCCCUGUAGAUUGCAAACUGGGCGAUUGGAGGGACUGGGAGAGCUGCUCUACUUCCUGUGGAUCUGGAAAGCGCAUGCGAACCAGGCUUCGUGAGAACGAGCGCUUUGGUGGACUUCCAUGCAAAGAGGAUCUCAUCGAUGAAGAUGAAUGCUAUGUUGUCCCUGAAAGACCGCUUUGUCCAGACCUGCCAACUGCGGCUCCUGCGGCUCCUCUCAGCACGGCUGGAAGUACAAUCAACUCAGCUGAUGAUACAAGAACUGCUGAAACGGGGGCAGCCGCAGAGACAACGACAUCAGCACCGAUAUCCCAAGAGCUCAUGCAUCAGGUGGCUAAACUUGCAGCUGCUGGAGACUAUGAUGCGUUGCAAAAAUAUCUUCAGGAGGCCGGAGUGAAUCCAAACUACUUCAAAGGUAUCCUUGACAGCCUAGCUGCCUCACAGGUAGCAGCUGCAGAGGCUGCAACCGCAGCAGAUACUGUAAAGGUGGCGCCGCCGAAAAUGACUGCUGAAACUGCACAGCAGGUGGCGCGGUACGCAGCUUCAGGGGACAUUGAGGCACUCAAACGAUACCUAGAAGAGGUGAAGGCCGACCCCAAAACCAUUAGCAGUGUCUUGGGCAACCUGACCUCUUCUGAGGACGCAUCUGUUGAGACUGCUCUCGGAAAUCUCACAGAUGCUUGGCUGCACGCUGGUUUUCUACAAAUGCCACCACUGGACCAUUGGAGCUUCAACACAAGCAACCUGUAUCUUUAUACGCCUGGUGCUGACGACUUUGUGGCCAAUCCCAAAGCUAAUACGGUCAUCAAGGAUCUGAUUGCUGCCAAAGCGCACGUUGAUGCGAAGCAUGUAGAGGUCAGCUUAUCUGUCCCACACCGACCACUGGAGUCUGAAUGGCAGAAGAAAUCCAAAGGCAAUGUGCGGUGUGCGUACAAAAUCCAUGUCUACUCCGACACCGGCAAUGCAGCUGAUGGUGACGCAGUCAUGGCACACCUCAAGCAAGUGGACGAGGAUGAAGCUGAGAAACACCUCACAGAAACCUGCAAGGCAUCAGAUGUUGAUUGCGAGCUCAUACCAGUGAGUACUUUGGCAGCAUCGCGCACUCGAAAGAAUUCGCCUUCAUGUGCUUCCCAGGAAUCACAAUCCAAUGCAGGGAAACUUUGGCACCACGUAGACUUUAGCACCCGUUCUCCUACCUUUGCAAGAGUUUUUCUUUCUUCCAUUUAUUCUUUCUGA